UGCAAUCUAAUACUCUAAGAAGUCCUAAAAAGACUUAUUGUGGAUCCAAAAUGACAAAUGCACUUGUGAUUGCAUCUAGAAAAGGAGACCUCACAACUGUACGACUACUAUUGAAGAACAACACAGAUGUGAAUCUUCCCAACGAUCACGGCAAUACCCCAUUGAUGUGGGCAUCGAUCAACGGCAAUCUUAAAAUUGUUAAAGAAUUAUUAAAGAACAACGCAGAUGUAAAUCUAAUCAAUAACAUCGGCGACUCUGCUUUAAUACUUGCAUUGUACCAAGGACAUCUUUCUAUUGCACGAGAACUGCUGAAGAACAACGCAGAAGUCAACCAAACAAAUAAAUAUGGCAACACAACCCUAAUAUGGGCAUCACAUGGAGGACAUCUUGACAUUGUCCGAAAAUUAUUGAAAAAAAAUGCAAAAGUGAAUAUUCAGAAUGAUAACUUGGACACACCGUUGAUAUUAGCAUGCGGAGAAGGACAUCUUGAAACUGUCAAAGAAUUAUUAAAAAACGAAGCUGAAAUAAACCUGGCUAAUAAUGAAGGUUAUACUGCAUUGAUGUUAGCAUCACGCAACGGACAUACAGAAAUUGUUCAACAAUUAUUAAAGAGUAACGCUGAAAUAAACCAAGCUGAUAAAGAGGGUAAGACAUCGUUGAUGAUGGCAUCUUCCGAAGGACAUCUUGAGGUCAUCCAAAAACUAAUGAAAAGAGAAGCAAAUGUAAACCUAACUGAUAAGAAAGGCUGGACAGCUUUAAUGUUAGCAUCAAAUAAAGGUUAUGUUGAAAUUGUAGAAGAAUUACUACAAAACAACGCAAAUAUUAACCACGUUGAUAAAAAAGGAAAAACAUCAUUAAUGUUAGCAUCAUCCAACGGACAUCUUAAAGUACUACAAAAACUACUCCAAAAUAACGCAGAUGUGAAUCAAGGUGAUAAACAUGGAAACACUGCGUUGAUGUGGGCAUCUGGUAGAGGACAUCUUCAAAUCGUUCAAGAACUCAUCAAUAACAACGCAGAAGUAAACCUAGCUGAUAAAGAUGGCAACUCAUCAUUGAUGUUAGCAUCAUGUGGAAAACACCUUGAUGUUCUACACGAACUAUUGAAAAAUAACGCUGAUGUGAAUCAAGGUGAUAAAAAUGGCGACACAGCAUUAAUCUUAGCUUCAGGAGGAGGACAUUUACAAAUCGUAGAAGAAUUAUUAAAGAACAACGCCAAUGUAAAUCUGGGUAAUAACAAAGGCAUCACACCGUUACUAUGGGCAUCAUGUGGAGGACAUCCUGAAAUUGUUGAAGAAUUGUUGGAUAAUAAAGCAGAUAUAAAUCAAGUUGAUCAAGGUGGAAACACAGCGUUAAUAGCAGCGUCGUUCUUAGGACAUCUGGAAAUUGUUCAUGUACUUUUGAAGAACAAUACUGAUGUUAAUGUGGCUGAUCAGAAUGGGGAUACGGCGUUGAUGUAUGCAUCCUGUGGAGGACAUUUUGAAAUUGUCCAAGAAUUGUUGAGGAAUAGAGCUGAUAUUAAUUUAGUUAAUAGGGAUGGGAAGACAGCGUUGAUGUUGGCGUCGAAAAAAGGGCAGAUUAAGAUUUUGCAAGAGUUAUGGAAGAGUAAGGCAGAUGCGGAUUAUUUUGAUACAAAUACAGAGGCAUUGCUUAAUGGUGAUCCUAAGGUUGUGCCUGAAUUGAGAAAGGAAGAUUUACAUUUGAAGAAAGUGGAUGAAAAUGAUGAUAUGGCAUGGGUACUGCCAGAGUAUGAAAAAAGUCAUGUUCUUAUUCAAAAACUGCAGAAAUUCCUGAGCGGUAAGAAGUUAGUUGAUGCCAAGAAGAUAACGUCUUUGAUAAUUAGAGUGUUGAGGAGUUUGACAUUGAAAAGUCAAAACAAAAUUAUUAAGAUGUUGAAAAAAAUUAGUAGAACUGCCAGUGCCAUGACUUAUCGUGGAUCCAAAAUGGCUAAUGGGCUUGUGAUUGCAUCCAGAAAAGGAGACCUCUCAACAGUUCGACUACUAUUGAAGAACAAAGCAGAUGUCAACCUACCCAAUGACAACGGCAACACCGCAUUAAUAUGGGCAUCAUAUAACGGACAUCUUAAAAUUGUCCUGGAACUAUUAAAGAACAACGCAGAUGUCAAUCUAGUCAAUAACAUCGGCGACUCUGCAUUAAUACUUGCAUUACACAAAGGACAUCUUGAUAUUGCACGAAAACUCCUGAAGAACAACGCAGAAGUCAAUCAUGUUAAUAAAUAUGGUAACACACCAUUGAUUUGGGCAUCAUUCGGAGGACAUCUCGAAAUUGUCCAAAAACUAUUGAUGAAUAAUGCAGAAGUGAAUAUUAUUAACAUUCAUGGUGACACCCCAUUGAUAUUAGCAUCAAGCGAAGGACAUUUUGAAACUGUCAGAGAAUUAUUACAAAAUGGAGCUGAAGUAAAUCCAGGUAAUAAUGAAGGUUACACUGCAUUGAUGUUAGCAUCACGAAACGGACAUGCAGGAAUUGUUGAACUAUUAUUAAAGAACAACGCAGAAAUAAACCAAGCUAAUAAACAUGGCAUGACAUCAUUGAUGAUGGCAUCUUCUGAAGGACACUUAGAGGUCAUUCACAAACUAUUAAAAAAGAAAGCAGCUGUUAAUUCAGCUGAAAAAGAUGGCAAUACAUCAUUAAUGCUUGCAUCAUCAAAAGGACAUCUUAAAAUUGUCCAAAAAUUAUUAAGAUAUAAUCCACAAGUAAAUCCAGCUAACAAAGAAGGCAUGACAUCUUUAAUGUUGGCAUCAUCCAACGGACAUCUUGAAAUAACAAAAGCACUGUUAAAGAAAAGAGCAGCUGUAAACCUAGCUGAGAAAAACGGUUACACAGCUUUAAUGUUCGCCACUAAUAAAGGCUACACUGAAAUAGUUCAGGAACUAUCAAAGAAAAACGCAGAUGUGAAUCAAGCUGAUAAAAAUGGCAUCACACCAUUAAUGUCAGCAUCAACAAAAGGACAUCUUCAUAUAGUCGAAGAACUAUUAAAAAACAAAGCAACAGUUAAUCUAAUAAAUCAUGAAGGCAGCUCUUCAUUGAUCCUAGCAUCACGUGCUGGACAUCUUGAAAUUGUCCAAAAUUUAAUCAAUCAUAGAGCCGCUGUUAAUCUACGUGAUAAUUAUGGAGACACAGCACUAAUGUGGGCAUCCGGUAGAGGACAUCUUCAAAUUGUUCAAGAAUUAUUAAAAAACAAUGCAAAAGUAAAUGUAGCUGAUAACGAUGGAAACUCAUCAUUGAUACUGGCAUCAACAGGAGGACAUCUUGAAGUUGUCCAAGAAUUAAUACAAAACAAAGCUGUUGUGAAUCAAGGUGAUAAAAAAGGCGAUACGGCGUUAAUCUUAGCAUCAGGUGAAGGACAUCCAAGAGUAGUUGAAGAACUAUUGAUGAAUAACGCACAAGUUAAUCUUGAUGAUCACAAAGGUGUCACUCCUUUAAUAUCAGCAUCCUGUGGAGGACAUUUGGAAGUUGUCCAAAUACUACUGAAAAACAAAGCAGAAGUCAAUAAAAUUGAUAAUGACGGUGAUAAUGCUUUGGUAUUAGCAUCACGAAAUGGACAUCUUAAAGUUGUUCAAGAAUUAUUAAAAAAUAAUGCAAAAGUAAAUGCAGUGGAUAAAAAUGGUGACACGGCGUUGUUAUGGGCAUCUUGUGGAGGUUAUCUGGAAAUAGUGCAAGAGUUAUUAAGAAAUAACGCUGAAGUUAAUAAAAUUGAUAAGAAAGGAAACACGGCGUUGAUAGUAGCAUCAUAUUUAGGACAUUUUAAAGUUGUUCAAAUGCUUUUGAAGAACAAAGCUGAAAUUAAUCUUGUUGAUCAUAAUGGCGAUACACCUUUGAUCUGGGCAUCAUGUGGAGGUCACCUUGAAAUUGUUCAAGAAUUGCUAAAAAGUAAAGCAUAUGUGAAUCAUGCUAAUCAAGAUGAUAAUACAGCAUUGCUUCUUGCAUCUCGGUAUGGACAUCUUGAUAUUGUUCAAGAAUUAUUGAAGAAUAAAGCUGAUAUUAAUGUGGUUAAUAAGAAAGGGAAGACAGCGUUGAUGUUGGCUGCUGAUAAAGGACAUAUUAAGAUUAUACAGGAGUUGUUGAAGAACAAUGCGGAGGUUAAUCAGUCUAAGAAAUAUGUGGUUACAUCGCAAAAUAUUUAUGAGAAAGUUGUUCCGGAUCUGUUGAAGAAUACUGUUGUUGAUGAGAAAAAAGUGGGAGUAGAUAAGAAUAUUGAUAAGUCAAAGACGUGGUCAGAGCGUGAAAGGAGUCAUCGUCUUGCUCAGGAAUUUGAGAAGCAUCUGGAUGAUACCAAGUUAGUUGCUGCUUCAAAGAAGAUUUCGUCUUUGAUUCUUGCGGCGUUGAAGCGUCAGUAUAAAAUGAUUAAGAAGCAGUAUUAUAUUAAGAAAAGUAGUGAUAAUGCUAAUACGAUAUGGUACUAAAGAGUUUUAUUCAUGAGCAUUAACUAUGAUUUCGAAUGUAUAUGUAAAUAAAUAGGGUUUUAUUGUAGCUAUUUUUUUCUUUCAUAGUGAUACAAAUUUAAGAAUUAUGAUAUUCAACGUAAUAGUUAAAUUAAGCAUUAAACGUCAUUUGUAUAUAUUCUUGUAAAGUUUAAAAUAAAAAUUUAAAAUACAAA